CUUCAAUCUGAAAAAGUCUAAGACCUCUCUCUCUCUCUCUCUCUCUGGCUGUCUGGAUAUGCAUAAAUAGGACACCUCCUACUGAUUUGCAUCACACUUCAACGUUAGAAACCAAAACAGAGCAAUCUCUCUCUCUCUCUCUCUUCGGUGUCCAAAGUGUUGUUGAAUUGUAAUAAACACUGAUGGCCGAGAUAGGAGGAGGAGCUAAUGGUAACAGCCAUGGAGUGACUUUAAAUAUAAAAGAUGGUGAAAUGAAUUACAACACUCCUCGCUCAGCAUCAAAAUCCAAUGAAGACUACUCUUCAGGCUGCUUUGUCACUCUACCCUUUAUGCAAAAGUUGAUUGCAGAGGUGUUGGGGACAUACUUCCUAAUAUUUGCUGGUUGUGCUGCUGUGGUGGUGAAUUUGGACAAGGACAAGGUUGUGACUCUACCAGGAAUAUCAAUAGUCUGGGGACUGGUUGUGAUGGUCAUGGUUUACUCUGUUGGACAUAUCUCUGGUGCCCAUUUUAACCCUGCUGUUACCAUUGCUUUUGCCACCUGCAAGAGGUUUCCAUGGAAACAGGUACCAGCCUAUAUCUCAGCUCAAGUCCUCGGAUCAACACUAGCAAGCGGAACCCUCCGACUAAUAUUCAACGGGAAGCAUGAUCAUUUCGCCGGAACCCUACCGACGGGAACAGAUGUGCAGUCUCUAGUAGUCGAGUUCAUAAUCACAUUCUACCUCAUGUUUGUCAUUUCUGGUGUCGCCACAGAUAACCGAGCUAUCGGAGAACUUGCUGGUCUUGCUGUUGGAUCUACCGUCUUACUCAACGUGAUGUUUGCAGGGCCAAUAUCAGGGGCGUCAAUGAAUCCAGCAAGGAGUUUGGGCCCAGCAAUUGUGGCAAGCAACUACAGAGGAAUAUGGAUAUACAUGGUGGGACCCAUUGCUGGGGCCAUAGCUGGGGCCUGGGUCUACAACAUCAUCCGAUUCACAGACAAGCCCUUAAGGGAAAUCACUAAAUCCGCAUCUUUCCUCAAAAGCUCAGCUCGCAACGGCUCUAACUGACAGAAAGAAGGAUGUUUUCUCUUUCUUCCAUGUAAUUUUGAUAUGAAAGCAACACAUAAAAGAGAAAUAAAAAUAAGUUUUUAGUUUGGAAAUUGUUAGUUUAAGCAAUGAACCAGCGGACCGCUCCGUGCGAUGCAAGAAAUUAUAAAUCGUG